AUGCAGAUGCAGAUGAUGAGAGAUGGAAAAGAAUAUGACAGAGAAAGUGCUGAUGAUAUAUACGUUUCUCAACAGUCGCAAGACGGUAUUCAAUGAUUCCCACGCAUACUCAAGGUCGGUGGUAGCGAAUCCUCCACUAAAUCCUCCCGCCCUCACAAUCUCCCCCGGAAUCUACUUCGGCACCAAAUCAACCUGGACCACACAGAUACACCUCUGUUGAAACAACCGACCCAUUCAAGCUUCUGCACAUGUUCCUGCGUGGCUUGACUGGCAUACUGCAUAUAGUCCACACAAGCGAGAUGCGGAAGGAAGCAAUGCUAAUUGCCCUCGGAAAGAAACUAGAACUGCUACUACUAACGACUCUUCUGUGCGCUUAUUUCUUCAUAGACAGAUGGCUUGUGUGUUUCGAAACGGAAAAUACCUGGAUGCGGAAGGAUGAGAUGCUCGCCAGUUUGGAUAUUGAAGGAAGCCCUGGAAUACAAUACUGCAAUUGCACCAAGCUGGUGCAAGUAAUUCAUGCUUAUGUCGUCACUUACUACCCAGCUGGUAAAGGCUUGUUGUAUGGAAUUCAGAAGCCUGACGGUGUAAUGAUAACUGAAGAAGGUGUUCUCCUCAGCGGUGAAAUCCCAUACCCGUAG